CAGAGAUGUGCCACUUGUCAUAUGAGUACCCGUCCGUUAUGACCAAGGCGCUGUCAAAAAAGCUGAUUUUGCGUCAAAAUUGCAAAUUUUGGUCAUACAAGCUGGGUACAUAUGACAUGAAGGAGCACAUCUCCGGAAGCGUUUUCACGCGUAGAUUCCAUUUCUACUAAUUAAAACAGCGAAAUUUUCAACUGGAACCCUCACGUAAAAAAUUUCAGUUUUUAACCUUUUUUCCCAUAAGAGCUCCAUGCUUAACAUUGAGGCCGAUGUGGAGGCUGAAGAUUUUAUCCGAUCGAAAUAAUAUUUCACACCGUUAAUAGUGUUACUGGAUAGAACAUUUAUCCACCCGAGCCGAUAUCAGAUUCGAAAAAAAGUGUUUUUCGAGGUACCCUACCGUGGAGGCCCUCAACCGCCAGCUGGACUCGUCGGUCGCCCAGCUCCGCCAGGUGGAGGAGGCCCUGGAGAGGCAGGUGCAGCGGGGGGCGGCGGGCGGUGAGGGCAGCGCCCCGGUGGCGGAGCAGCUGCAGCUGGCGGUGCAGCUGGAGGACAACCUGCGCCUGCUCACCGCCAAAAAGUGCAGCGUGGUGGCGGAGGAGGAGGACGGCGCCACCUGGAGGGCCUGCGCGCAGCUCGGAGCGUUCGGCGACAUCCUGAGGCUUCAGCUGCUGCAGCCGCGGGCGGACGGCCAGCUGGAGAAGGUUGACGUCGCCGCUUGUUCUGACCAACCUGGAGUUUACGUGGGACCGCCAAUCAUCUCUGUUCUGGAGACAACUGAAAGAGAUUUUAAAGAUGGCCGUUUAAAGAUUAAUGACAUUCUUCAAGACAGACAACGAUGGCGGCACACACGCAGCCUUCAGAUGUCACACGGCGCUGCUGGUUCGGAGGGGCUGCUGCGCGUCGUUGCUCCGCACCUGGAGGAGCUGCAGAUCAAGGACGAGGUGCAGCCGAGCGUGAUGGUGGAGGUGGAGAAUAUGAAGUCUCUCAAAAGACUGGACGUAAGAUGCGUUAGAGACUUGGACUACCCGGACCUCCCCUUGCAGCUCGAGGAGCUCGGGAUUCGUUUUCCUUCUGAAAAUCAUUUGCGGUGUGUGGAGCGGAUGCCUCGUCUACGUAGCCUGCAGGUAGACGAUUACUAUGGUCCGAACAUUACCUUCGCCCCCUCGCAGCAUGGGGCCCUGCGGUAUCUUGAAGUUGGCUUCAACACACACCACAAGAACACCAUGAUGUCGCUGAUCCGCGCCUACGCCUCAUCAGUGCAGGAGCUCCAGAUAUACUGCAGCGUCAGUGAGGAUUAUGAUGAUAAAGCAUUCUACUUUCCCGAUCUCGGCGAAGAGCUGGUGGCGUGCGGUCUUCACGCCCUGCGGCGGCUUGUCCUUCUACGUCCACGAGACGACCCUUGCUCAGACCAUGUCGCGGGCUGCCUGCUGCAGUGUCGGACCAUCGGCAGCUAUUUGCCUUCUCACGUCCAAGUGGUCUGCCAAACGUGUUACAUGUCUGUGCUCUAGGGGUGGCUGCGUGAAGUGAACUUCUUAGCUUCUUCUUUAAAGUGAUGGUGCCUGUAAUGGCGAGCAAACGCUUACCCUGACCCUGUCGUUAUGCAUACCGUCUUUAAUUUAUCCUUUUGUAUAAAUGAUCUAAAAAAGUAAUGCCCAUUUUGUAAACUACUUUUCCUGGUGGUUUUAAUGUUUAACUUAGUGAUUCUCAAAAA